UACAGGUACACUCAUUUGAUUGCGUGUAGGGGGUAAGAGUCAGCACGGGCCAAAUAAACGCUCUUUUGACAGCAUGAAGAACCGAGAAAUGAAGUUCAUCAAUCAAGGCCUGGAGGAUGAGAUGGAGGUGUGGGGUUACCGUCCCUGUCUGUGGAAAAUGAUCCUGGUAGGUGUCGGUGCCGUUUGCUCCGGUGGUCUCCUGCUCCUGCUGCUCUACUGGCUUCCCGAGUGGGGGGUCAAAGCCACGUGCACACUAAGUUCACUGAGGGAAGCACACACACUGCUACUCAGGACAACGGAUGACUUCAGGCAGUGGGUUCGUGCCAAAGUACACAUGAUGCUGGCUCCAGGGAAGACCCCCUUUGAUAGUGUGGCUCAUCAGUCCACAGCUCCUCUUCCGAAUGAACAUCACCAACAAAGACUCACUGGUGAACUUAAGGAUCAAGAUGGAAAUUUCAACUACAGAGAAUCCAUCAACAUUGUGCACUACUUCACCCACAACAGCAUCAAAUACUACUGGAAUGAAGGCACACAGGACUUUGAAACAUUUAAGGGCUUGGAGGACACAAAGGUGAGCUGUGGAGGCAUUCACAGAGACCACAGCAAUGGACUCACUAAAACCAUACAGGACUACAGAGCUUUGUUUUUUGGGAAGAAUGACAUUGAUGUAAAAGUGCCAUCUUUAUUCAAAGUCUUUGUAAAAGAGGUCUUGAACCCAUUUUACAUCUUCCAACUCUUCGCUAUUAUUCUGUGGGCUGUUCAGGACUACUUCCCUUAUUCUCUGACCAUGUUGAUUUUAUCUUCAAUUUUAAUAGCUGCCUCUCUGUAUUCCAUAAGAAAGCAUUAUGUGAAACUGCAUUACUUGGUGGUCGCCCACAGUUUGGUACAAGUUUCAGUGUGCAGAAGGAAUAAAGAUGUCGAACAGGUCAUGUCGACUGAGCUUGUACCCGGUGAUGUCAUCACUAUUCCAACCAAUGGGAUCAUCAUGCCCUGUGACGCCGUGCUCAUCUGUGGCACCUGCAUUGUGAACGAGAGCAUCUUGACAGGAGAGAGUGUCCCUGUUACUAAGACCAGUUUGCCAAGUUCAGGCGAUGGCGCAGAGAGGAUCUACAAUACAGAGGAACAGAAGCGACACACCCUCUUCUGCGGCUCACAUGUUAUCCAAAGCCAUUACUAUGCUGGUGCGCUGGCGAAGGUGGUCGUGGUCAGAACAGGCUUCAGUACAGAAAAAGGCCAGCUUGUGCGCUCCAUCCUUCACCCUAAACCCACCAACUUCAAACUGCACCGUGAUGCUACGCAGAGCCUGAUGUGCUUGGGGGUGUUGGCAUUUCUUGGUUUCAUCUACACCAUCGUUGUUGAUGUCGUAUUGAGGGUUCCUAUUAAGAACCUCAUCUUCGAUGCUCUGAACAUCCUUGUUGUUGCUGUACCUCCGAUCUUACCCGUGGCAUUGACUGCCGGUCUGGUGCACGCACAGCGGCGCAUGAAGCGAGUCGGCAUUUUUUGUAUCAGUCCGCAAAGGAUCAACAUUUCCGGUCAGCUGAACCUGGUCUGCUUUGACAAGACUGGCACGCUCACUGAAGACUAUUUGGACCUUUGGGGUAUUCAGAGAGCUGAAGAUGGCAUUUUUUUAGCUCCAGCCGCUGAGGUAUCUAAAAAGACUUAUUUUGCCGCCUGCAUGGCUACUUGCCAUUCCUUGAUCAGCAUAGAAGGCAAACUCUGUGGAGACCCUUUAGACGUCAAGGUGUUCAGCGCCACUGGCUCGACUCUUGAGGAGGCAACUGAAUACCACACUGCACUUUACAAUGCCAGAAUUUCCAAAGUUGUUAAAUUUCCAGAUCAGGCUGGUGAGUUUGGCAUUGUGCACCAGUUCCCCUUCUCCUCGGCGCUGCAGAGGAUGAGUGUGGUAGCCCGGCAGCUAGGACAAAAUCACUUUGACAUCUACCUGAAAGGAGCACCAGAGACUGUGGCUAACCUCUGCAAACCACACACAGUCCCACAGAGUUUAACAGAGACUCUGGAGUCUUAUACCAUGCAGGGGUUCAGGGUUAUUGCCCUGGCACAUCACCAACUGCAGUCUGAACUCUCCCUGCUUGAAGUCCACAGCCUCUGCCGAGAGCAGAUAGAGACCAACAUGGACUUCCUUGGUUUGAUCAUCAUGCAGAACAAAAUCAAAGAAGAGACUGCUGGCGUGUUGCUUGAGUUACGACAGGCGAACAUUCGAACUUUGAUGGUUACAGGUGACAACAUGUUGACAGCAAUAUCGGUGGCUCGUGGCUGUGGAAUGAUUCAAGUACGUGAGAAAGUCAUUAUUGCUGAUGCUGUGCCUCCUAAUGGUCAAAAUCCCGCUAGUAUCACAUGGCGCUACUCUGAGAACAUUGAUCUGGAAAAUAAUCAGACGACUGAGAUCAGCUUUUCAGGUGAUGGGGUGCACAGUGUGGAGGACACAGACUAUCACUUUGCUGUGAGUGGCCGAGCCUUUGCUAUCAUCACUGAGCAUUUUCCACAACUUUUCCAGAAGCUCCUCCUGAGAGCCACAGUGUUUGCCCGCAUGACUCCAGACCAGAAGACUCAGCUGGUGCAAGCUCUGCAGAGCAUCGAUUACACGGUUGGGAUGUGUGGGGAUGGUGCGAAUGACUGUGGGGCCCUGAAGAAAGCUCACAGUGGGAUCUCUCUCUCUGAGCUGGAGGCCUCUGUUGCUUCCCCCUUCACCUCCUCCAUCCCAAACAUCUCCUGCAUUACCAACCUCAUCAGGGAAGGCCGUGCUUCUCUUAUUACAACUUUCUGCGUGUUCAAAUUCAUAUACCUCUUCAGCCUCAUCAUGUUCUGCAACGUCAUUCUGCUCUACUUGGUUCUCAGCAAUUUCGGUGACUUGCACCUCUUAAUCGACACUGUGAUUCUUUCUGUAGUCAUUUUUACAAUAAGUUUGAACCCUGCAUGGAAGAAGCUUGUGCGACGCGCCCCCCCAACGAGUCUGAUGUCCGGGCUGGUGCUCGCCUCAAUUUUGUUUCAGAUCCUCAACAGCCUACUCUUUCUGAUUUUUACUUUCGUCUUAGUGCAACAACAAAGUUGGUAUCUGACUCCUGAGGAAAUGAAACGCAAUGAGUCCAGCUUCAUUGACACAUACAGCCUCAAUCAAACUGAAGCUGAAGGCCUCUAUAUCAUCAAGAGCUUUGAAAGCACUUCCCUCUUCUACGUUUCUGCCUUCCAGUAUUUGAUUGUCGCUGUUGUCUUCUCCAAAGGAAAACCCUUUAGACAACCAAGCUAUAAAAACUGGUCAUUUGUGUUGACCUGCGCUAUUCUAUAUGCUUUCCUCCUGUUCAUCAUGCUGUAUCCCAUUCCUGCUGUAGAUGAGAUGAUGAUGUUUGCAACCAUUCCCUACGACUGGCGCAUUACGCUGCUCAUCAUUAUUUUGGCACAUGCUGUUCUGUCUCUUAUACUGGAGAAUUUGAUCCUUGACACUUUGUGGAAGUUUGUUCCAACCAAUCCGGGUGUAAAGUGGACCACCACAUCCCAAACUGCUAACACAACACAGAUGGUGAAUGACUGUUGGUGCUCGGCCUUCCUCUCCAGGAUCUUCUUUCGUAAAAACCGGCCCCCGAAGACGAAAUACAAGUGUCUGACUCUGAAGCUGCAGGAGGAGGUUGACUGGCCUCCUGCACCUUCCACCAUCACCUAUGCCAGCAGGCCUCAGUACCACAUAUCUGUCCCAUUUUGA